CGGCCUCCGGGCCGGACCGCGGCCUGCGCCGCCUCGGGCUUCGGGCCGCCCCGGGCUUCGGGCCGCCCCCUCCGCCUCCGCCCUCCCACCUCCCCGGGCAGAAAAUCGUCGGCCGGAGAGCCCGGCGCGGGGGCGCCCGGAAACAGCCGGGCCGGGCGAGGAUCCCCGGGGCCGGCGGAGGGAGGCCGCCCGGGAUGCGCCUGAGGCAGGCGGGGAGGAAGAUGUCCCCGAGCACGGCCCAAGGGAGAGUCCGGGAGAACCGGCGCAAGGCCCCUCGGCGGCCGGACGCCUGGGCGGUGGCCGCCCGCUACGAGACCGCUCUGGGGAGGCUCCGGCGCAGCUCGGAGGAGAAGCCCUAUAAGUGCACCGAGUGCGAGAAGAGCUUCGGCCAGAGCUCCACCCUCUUCCAGCACCUGAAAAUCCACACGGGGGAGAAGGCCUACGAGUGCCCGGACUGCGGCAAGGGCUUCUUCCAGAGCUCCAACCUCAUCCAGCACCGGCGGGUCCACACGGGCGAGAAGCCCUACGGGUGCUCCGAGUGCGGGGAGCGGUUCAAGCAGAGCUCCAACCUCAUCCAGCACCGGCGGGUCCACACGGGCGAGAAGCCCUACCGCUGCCAGGCCUGCGGCCGCUGCUUCAGCCAGAGCUCCCACCUCAUCCAGCACCGGCGGACCCACACCGGGGAGAAGCCCUACCGCUGCGGGGAAUGCGGCCGCUGCUUCAGCCAGAGCUCCCACCUCGGCCAGCACACCAAGCUGCACGGGGAGGGCGGGCCCCGCAAGGCCCGCUCCGAGAGCCACCGGCGGACGGCUGGGGACGCCGAGGCCCCGACCUGCCCGCGGCCGCGCGGCCGGCGAGGGGCGGGGGGCGGCCGGGGUCCUCCGGCUCCCUUCCCGCGCUGAGGGGGCGGCCCCGGGGCCCAGGGCCCGGUGAACCUCAGUCCCUCUCGUCCCCCGUCUGCGGUUUGGUUCCGUGUUUUCCGUCGUCGUCGUCUCGUCUUCUCUGGAAACCGGCGUUGGCAACGCGCGGGAAACGGGAUCCGGGAGUGGCCCGACGUCCGGAACGGGAGGGCCCAUUGGAAAUCCUUAGAUGAUCUCUCGGGUUUCCCCGCCCUGACCCUUCUUGGAGGUGACCCGGCGAGGGAGGAGGGGGAUCACCGCUCGUUCGGUCUUGAGUAUUUCUGGGAUGCGGGGGGGGGCCGAGAAGCAGAGGGGGCGGGGGUUCUCACGUCUUUGGGGUCGAGGACUUGGAUUUUCGAUCUGCAGUUGGGGAGGUUUUUAAACGUUAGUCGUCUAAGCAAAAGUAGGAUCGAAUGGAGCUGUGGUGUCUGAAGACAUGUUGACGCUCCCAGGCUUUGUCGGGAGGCAGAUGACACCGUCUCGAAUGGAUUUGGAUUUUCCCGUAGUUUUCCACUCUCAGACGCUCUCCAGACCGGGAGUCCCCUUCCACCUCUAGGCCGAAGGAGUGUAGGCCGACGCUGGAGUAAGAGCCGGUUUUCCGGGAACGUUAGCGUCAAACCGGUGCCGCGGCAUUCACGUCCUAAAUAGGUUUAGCCGGCACAUCGGUUCGUCUCCCCGUCACGCCGGGUGCGUCUCUUUACGUCGAUCCUUCGUCAAAAGUCUCUCGCUUUUCUCGGGGGGACGUUCCCAGUCAAACGAUGGGUACGGUGGGAAGGGCGCGGUCCCGAGCACUUGGGAGGGCGCAGUACGGGCAGUUCAGUCCAGUGCCUCAUACUCGGGCUCCGUGAGUACGGUCUCUUCCACUACUAAGAUCCCUGCCCUCCAGGAGCUUGCGGUCUAACCAGAUGAGCAUCCUCCCAACCGUGAGACGCUUCCGAGGUAGGAAUCACGUUGGGCCUCGUUGGAUGUUGGAAGAGCAUAAGCCGUUCACUUCCCAUCGGGGCCCAGCGUUGGCUCCGCCUCCGUCUUGGUCAGGCGGUGUUUUUCAGAAGUCCGGGGGAGACGGCGACUUCUUUAAGGGAACUCGGUCGGGUUUCAGAGACCCCCCCCCCCCCCGACCUUCCUCCAGCCCCGUAGUUUCCUUCCCGAUGGCCGUGAGAUUCGCCUCAUUUUCCGGGUACGUUUUUCUACUGUGUUCACGACACGCCUCCCCACGAAAUAAAAAAGAUGCUUGGCCAAAUGCCA